CGCGUCUUGGGGUGUGCGGCGUGACUGGCUCCUUCGAUUCAGUUUCUCUUGUUCUUGCGUGGUAUGCACGUUGGACUGAGAUGUUUUGGGUCUCGUCUUUCAAAAGUGUGCAUUCCGCUCCGGGUUGCAGCUCUGCAUCGCAAUAUGGUGCUUGGUUGUCGGUUUCUGACAUCCUCUGCCCUCCAUCUCACAACCUUCAAGCUUUCAAAAGUGUGCAUUCCGCUCCGGGUUGCAGCUCUGCAUCGCAAUAUGGUGCUUGGUUGUCGGUUUCUGACAUCCUCUGCCCUCCAUCUCACAACCUUCAAGACUUUCCAAACAGAAUCUGUUCGGUCAUCACGAGCAUGGUUUAGUACUUCCCCUUCAGACGGGAGUAGCCGUCUUCCAGGUUCCGAUGGGUCAGACGAUUCAGAUUCACCUUCCUCACCGAAACCGGAAGUGCCCCCACCUCCAGACACCACUGCUCCUCAUCCAGAGCUGGCGCUGUCUACUCAGAAUGUUCCAGAAAACUUCCCGCUGGUGCCGGUCAUCGCAAUUACGGGAACGCCGUUGUUUCCGAAAUUUGUGAAGAUGAUUGAGAUCAAUGAUGAAAAGCUGAUCUCCUUAUUGAGGCGUAAAAUCAAGCUGAACACACCGUAUGCAGGUGUGUUCCUAAAGAAAACUGCUUCAGAUCAGUCAGACGUGGUCAAUUCCCUGGACGAUCUGUACCGCAUUGGGACGUUUGUUCAGAUACCGGAAUGGGAUGAUUUGGGUUCAAAAAUGCGUCUUCUGGUCAUCGGCCAUCGUCGUAUUCAACUCGUACGACAGGUGGACGAGAAUGCAACGUUUCCUGUGGACAACGGAACGGCAUCACCUUCUAGGACGAAACGUAACAGCCUAGUUCGGCGAGCGAAGCGUGCCGCUGCUGUUUUCACCGGUCACGAUCAAGCACAGUAUUCAGACGUUUCUUCAACCACUGACGGUGUUGAGGGGAUUACAAACGGUGGGACCGGGGAUUCGGCUCACCAGCUGGAUCAAGGCACACUUGUCUCUGGUCCGGUACUCAUGGCCGAGACGGUGAAUGUGUAUCAUGAUCCGUACGAGACCACUCAGGAGCUGAAGGCGCUCAGUGCGGAAAUUGUGAAGACUAUCCGGGAUAUUAUCAAUUUGAAUCCAGUCUACCGGGAGAAUGUAUUGGCCAUGUUGCAAGCUGGUCAGCGGGUCGCGGACAAUCCGGUGUACCUUAGCGAUUUGGGUGCCGCCCUGAGUGGCGCAGGCGAACCGAACGAAUUGCAAGCUGUUUUAGAGGAGAUGAAUAUUCGAAACCGCUUACUAUUAUCCUUGAAUUUGGUGAAGAAAGAGUUCGAACUUGGCAAAUUGCAACAGCAAAUCGGUCGUGAAGUGGAGGAAAAGGUGAAGCAACAGCAUCGACGCUACAUGCUCACCGAGCAGUUGAAAGUGAUCAAACGUGAAUUGGGUUUAGAGAAGGACGAUAAGGACACGAUUGUGGACAAAUUUCGAUCGCGCUUGAAGGAUCUCAAAGUGCCAGAGGCGGUGAUGGAAGUGAUUGAGGAAGAGUUGAACAAACUAAGUGUAUUGGAUAACCACUCAUCUGAGUUCAAUGUAACGCGAAACUACCUGGAUUGGUUAACCACAUUACCCUGGGGUAUAACGAGUGAGGAACAUCUGGACUUGGCUUCAGCGCGAAAAAUCCUCGAUGAAGAUCACUAUGGUAUGGAAGAUGUGAAGAAGCGCAUAUUGGAAUUCAUCGCAGUCAGUCAGUUGAAAGGUACCACCCAAGGCAAAAUCUUGUGUUUCCACGGUCCGCCUGGUGUGGGGAAAACGAGCAUAGCUCGAUCGAUCGCUAGAGCGUUGAAUCGAAAAUACUUCCGGUUCUCCGUUGGUGGUAUGUCUGACGUGUCAGAGAUCAAGGGUCAUCGUCGGACCUAUGUCGGAGCAAUGCCUGGCAAGAUUAUCCAGUGCUUGAAGAAGACGAAAACGGAGAAUCCGUUGAUCCUAAUUGACGAAAUAGAUAAGCUUGGUCGUGGAUGGCAAGGAGAUCCGGCCAGCGCCCUACUCGAACUGUUGGACCCCGAACAGAAUGCCAACUUUCUCGACCAUUAUUUGGACGUGACUGUGGACCUCAGCCGCGUGCUGUUCAUCACCACAGCCAAUCAGCUGGAUACUAUUCCCGAGCCGCUUCGAGACCGAAUGGAAAUGAUCGAGGUUUCUGGCUACGUGGAAGACGAGAAACUGGAAAUUGCCAAGCGAUAUCUCCUCCCUCAGUCGUGCGACCGCUGUGGGAUGACCGGCGAUCGUAUGAAUUUAGAAGAUGCUGCAUUGGUGCGCCUCAUCAAACAAUACUGUCGUGAGAGCGGUGUGCGAAAUUUGCAGAAACAUAUCGAAAAGAUUGUUCGCAAAGUUGCCUAUCAACUGGUCAACGUGGAGAAACAGCCACCCAUAAUCGUUGGUGUCGAUAAUUUGAACUCGUACGUGGGGCAUCCCGUGUGGAUCACCGACCGUCUGUACGAAUCCGAGACCCCACCAGGUGUUGUCAUGGGUCUAGCAUGGACUUCCAUGGGUGGGUCUGUUCUGUACAUCGAGUGUACCAACAAGGUGCCGUUCAGCGAUGUACCUGCGCAAAGCGAACGAAAAACCGACGACGCUUCGUCUGAUUCCGACGUGGAUGAGCCCAAGCUACCAAAGGGAAGUCUUCAGCUUACCGGCAGUUUAGGCGCAGUCAUGAAAGAGUCUGUGGCGAUUGCACACACGUUUGCAGGUAUAUUUGCCUCAUCGGGAGCGCCAUGUUCAAUCGAUGGACAACCUCGUCAACUUCUGCGUCCGGAGGAGGCCGAGGCAGCAGGAAAAUUCCUUCGUCAUGCGGAAAUUCAUCUCCAUGUUCCUCAGGGAGCUACUCCAAAGGAUGGCCCAUCCGCUGGCAUAACUAUGGUAACUGCCCUGCUCAGUCUGGCGUGCAAUAAACCUGUGCGACCCGACUUGGCAAUGACCGGAGAAGUCAGUCUCACCGGAAAAGUACUACAGGUUGGAGGAAUCAAGGAAAAGGUUCUUGCGGCGAAACGCGGUGGAAUCAAAUACAUCAUUGUACCUGAAACCAACCGGAAGGACUUCGAUGAUCUGGCCCCAUACAUCAAAGAAGACCUGACUGUACAUUUUGUGAACCACUACAGUGAAGUGUUCCCCGUGGCCUUCCCGUGAUACUUCUGCAGAAAAUUCAUUCUUAACUCAUCCCUGUGUUUAAAUUGCCUCAUCACCACCCAUUCCUUCAUAUAACUGUCUAGUUUUCACGAAGGAUUCCCAGCGCUGUUAUUUUUAAACGAUGCUGUAUUUCAAACAUGGCUUUUACUCAAGUUUGGGAUUC